AUGGCCGACUUCAAGAACAACGCCAGCGCCGGCAGAGCCAAGAAUGUCGGCAUUCCGAUUGAUCCUGCCUUGCUCGCUUGGGACGCUGCGCAGCAGACGUCCUCGUCCUCGUCUUCCUUGCGGACUGCUACCUGUAUGCACUCCGGCGAAGGUCUUGUUCGUUCUCCUGCUGCAGUCCGCCCUGGCGCAGUGCCGUCUCGUUCCGCUCGGUUGGCUGCCCCUUCGUUCUCGCUUUCUGCGCCUGCCGUCUUGUUUACCUCCUCGCGUGUGCCAGGCCUUUCUACUCCCCCAGCUCCUGCUCACGCCUUCGCUGCCGUGCACGCCCACACUGGCCACCUCUCCAUGCCGGUUCCCUCCACCUCCUCUGACCUCGAUGCCAUGCUUGAGGAGGUGCUUACCCGCUCGUCACCCGCGCUCCAACUCGCUGUCCCCUUCGACUCCUCUGUAUUGGGGCCCGCUGAGGCUCCCUUCCCGUCGUCAUCAUCGGCGUUCCCGGGGUACCCCGACCCUAAAUAUGCGGCCGUCUUUGAGGGAUAUGACAGCAUCCGGGGAGCCUGUGACGAUGACGAAGAUGAUGACAGCGAUGUGUUUGAUGUGCUGGCUGCUCCAGCCAAUGUCUUCGUCAUGCAGACGCCCGCUACUUCAGCCCCUGUUGCUCCCAAUGUCGAUUUCGCCACGUGCCCGCCUGCUUUCACUCUAGCUGCAGCCCCUGAGAGCGACUUUGCGCCCGCCGCCAGUUUUACUUUGCUUGCUGCUGUGCCGGCUGUCACUGCUCCCGUCGUGCCUGCACUCAUGCCUGCUGCGCCCGCUGCCCGCGAUCGCCAAGCGUUGGACCAAGCCCUGCGAAACAUUGCCUCCAUCCAGCCUAUCGUGCCUGUCGCCGCGUCCCAGCCCGACAGCAUUACCCGACGGCCCCUAUCUUUGGCUCAGCUCGAGGGCCUGAACUGGAUGGCCCAGAUGGAACAGACCCAGUUCCGUGGCGGCUUCAUCGAUGCCGAUAAGAUGCAGCUCCUGGCGUACAUCAUCGCCGACCGGUCUCCUGAGCAAGCAAAACCCAAUCUGGUGAUUUCUAAUGUGCAGGGUCGGGAUGCGUGGGCCGUCGCUGUUCAGGAGUUCCGCGAUAACUACCUCGACCAAGCCAUUAGCCAGACCUUCAGAACCGUCCCAUGGGAAGCCAAUGGCGCGCGGAGCGGCGGUCGGUCUCAAGCCGACACGCUGCGCCACUUCGACCUCGUCAUCGUCUCCUACCAGACCCUGAAGUCUCAGUACCAGAGGGAGCGGCGCCCCAACGACCCACGCGAGUCCCCCCUCCACAGCAUCGACUGGCAUCGCGUCAUCUUUGACGAAGGAGACUUCCUCAAGGGAGGGAGACAACCCCACAGCGCAGGCCUGCUAUCCCAUCCGGGCUACGUAUCGUUGGUGCCUGACCGCGAAGCAUCCGCUUGA